AUGUCGGACGCAUUCGGUGAAUGCUGUGCCCAAAUCUGUUUCGAGUGCAUCGGCCGCUGCUUCCUCGCCUCCAUCAUCGUCCUGUUCGAUGUGCUUCUCAUCAAGCCGCACGGCGCUCGGAUCAUUCGCUGGGGCCGCGCGAUCCAACGCACACUUCGAAUACCUGCCGUUCUCUGUCCGUUUGCCGACUCCGACCCAGGCAUGACCGACGCGACCAUGCGUGUCAUCGCCGUCCACACUCUUUUCACAAUUUGCAUCGUACCAGUCGGUUUUACGAACGCACGGUCUCCACUUACGAUCAACGAUCCUACUUUGGUGAUUUUUGGGAUCGCGUAUCCGAUUUUCGCCGUGCUGACGGGCUAUGCGUUGAUAAUGGUGACAAAGGGGCAUCAAAACAAGAGUCGGCCUGACCACGCAACGCUACGGAAUGGAAAGGGAGAAUCAAGCGGAGUUGGACAGCCUGCAACAACCCCUUUGCUCAUGGACAGCGAUUUGGAGCAGGAGAUUCGUGCCAUGUUCGCGGUACCUUGA